UUUUCCUUCCACCCUCUUCUUCUUUCCAAAGACAGAUAGAGCAGGGAAGAGAGAAGUGUUUUGUGCGAGUCUUUGACUUUAGGUUCUUUCUCCAUCUCUUUGGAGGAAGAAAAUAGAGACACAGAGAGUGGGUAGUGUACAUAAAAUUCCAAGAAAUGUGGACCGUACCACUUGGAGGGACAACAUGUGUAAUUGAUAACAGUCUGAAUCUUGGUAUUAACAAGAUCCCAUUUCCUUUCAAGGCUUCUCCUAAAUCUCUCCCAACAUCAGGUCUAUGUAGGGCCAGUCAAGUUGCUGAGCUUUUUCCAACUAUAUCACCUGAGGUUUAUGUUAGGGAGGCAAGGGUAGAGGACUGCUGGGAAGUGGCUGAGACUCAUUGCAGCUAUUAAAAAAACAUGUGGCCCCAUAUUAAACACCAUCCAGUA